AUGGUGGUGAAGCCAGAGCCUUCCUCCACGCUAUUGCUCCCCUUCGCCCAAAACAUAAUGGACGUUCAGAUUUCGGAACAGUUCAUUGCACCGCAAUUCAAAAUGUAUGACGGGACCACCGAUCCCGAGAGCCAUAUCAAGACUUUCUCAAACGCGAUGGCGUUCAGAACGGGCAACGAUGCCAUCUGGUGUCGGGCGUUCUCGUUGUCCUUGGAAGACGAAGCCCUCGAAUGGUUCAACACCCUGCCUCCCAAUUCCAUAGAAAAUUUCGCCGGACUAAAGCAGCUAUUUAUCCGGCAAUUCGCGGUCAAUAGCACGCAGGACUUAACCGUAUUUGAGUUGGUCACCCUAAAGCAGGGAAAAGAAGAAACGCUGAGAGCGUUAAUGGACCGGUAUCAGAAAAUCGUCCGGCGAGUGAAGGCGUUAAGCCCGGAGCUCGCCCUCCAUUACAUCUUGCCCGCCCUCAAGCCCGGACCGUUCAAAGACAGCGUCUACCGGUGGGCCCCCAAGACUAUGGAGGAGCUGAGGGAACGCGCGACAGACGAGAUAAGGGUUGAAGAGAUGAAAUUGUCCUACAAGAAGGAAAGUCAGGAGCUUAGGGGCGACAAGGCGGACGGGGGGAAGCCCGACAAUUCGGUGGGAAAACCGGGCGGCAACAAGCAAAAGGAAUCGCGCCGAGGACCCCAUUUCCAGCAAUACACCCCUCUGAACGCCCCCCGAGAAAAUAUCCUCCGGGAGGCACUCAGCGCGGAUCUUCUCCCUGAACCUAUGAAGCGACCUACUCCAUCCGGAGCGGAUGGGAGUAAACAUUGUGCCUACCACAAGAAUAUGGGUCACACCACCGAGGAGUGUGUGACUCUGAAGGAUAAAAUUGAAGAGCUGAUCCGGGUGGGGAAGCUCAAAAAGUACAUACGUGACGACCGCCCUCAGGCGCCCGCUGAGCGGACGACCCAGCGGCCGAUAUACAGGUCCGACAGACCUAGAAAUGACCGGGUCGAGCGCCCGCGCUCUGAGUGA